CAUGGAUAGGUCUUUGCCGAGAAGCAUUGUGUAAACAAGUAACAAAACCACGUGCCGUCUUAUAAAACGAGUUGCUAAACAACUAAUGUCGGGGCGGUCUACCUAAAUGUUAAAAUAUAUAGUAAUACUCAAACGCUUAGUACUGCAACCUGUAAGCAUGUGUAGGCUAAAUUGUUUUGAGCUUGUUUGAUCCAGUGACAUUAGACCGCUUGUCAGUCCGUGUGAUAAGUGACGUGUGCUAGGCGAGUUGAACACAUUAGCGGCCCAAGUCGUGUUACCUUUAGGACUCUGGUUUGAGGUUGGGAUCAACGUAUGAAAGAGAACUCGAUGGAAAUGAUUUUGCUCGCAGUGUUGAUCUGUGUUGCUGCUGCCACCUUAGUCAAGUUGUUCUUCAAGAGUGACAGGGUCGUAGUCAACGUCUACAGACUACCAGGAAGAUGGUAUUGGUUGAAAAGAAUACUAUUUUAUGUUUUGUUUAAAAUGCGUUCAACUAAAAGAACAGAAAACAAACAUACGAAUGGUACAGGUCAACAAGGAUAUGGACGUGGCUUUUCUGAUGAAGAUAUGGAAAAGCCUCAGCUAUUAAAAGAUGAUAAAUUUGCAAUAGAUACUUGCUAUUUUGGUGCUACCAACAAAGAUGGAGUCAAGCUAGUUUGUCGUAUAGCUCGCAGACGAGAUCGUAUUGCAGAAGUCUGGCUUUUUCUAGAGCUUCCCAGAUUUGGAUGUCUGCAACUUCCAAGGCAUCCAGAUACUGACGUUUACUUUACUGAUGGUAAAACCUUUCGGGCAGCUGGCCUCUCCUUUGAAAUUAUUGAGCCAAUGAAGAAGUGGAAGUUGACAUACAGUGGAAAAUUGAGGAAGGGACUAUGCAAUGAGAUCACAGAUAAACCUGAGGAGUUCCUGGAAACUAGUUUUUCUUUAACGUGGAAUGCUUUUUCUCAGCCUUUCAACACAGAUACUGAUAUGGCAGUGUCACUACUUGGAGACAGUGUAGCUCGGGAGACUUGGAACAAAGAUUUCCUUGAAAGACUAAAACUCAAUCAUCAGACUCACUAUGACCAAUGGGGUGAGUUAAGAGGAAGAAUUAAUAUUGAAGGACAAGAAAGACAACUUACUUUACAAAGUGUUCGAGACCACAGCUUUGGACUUCGUGACUGGCGCUGUUUCCACAGAUAUAUCAUUCAUUAUAUUUAUUUAGAUACAGGAAUGUCAAUACAGGUUGGCAUUUUCUCACAGCCAAACCUGAUGUCACAUGUUAAAAUUGGCUAUGUUUCCUAUGCAACUGGUGACAUUGUGUCUGUGACAGAUAUUAUGUUAAACAUUUGGGAAGUUGGAGAAGACACAAAGGAGCCACCUAAGACAUGGACCUUUGGCUUUAAAGCAGAUGGACAAACUUUUAAUGUGAGGGCGACAAGGGACACAACUUGUGUUUGGUACUUACAGAAUGACAGGGGAGGUAAAGUCUUUGAAGCAUUUACAACAUUUGAAGUCAAUUCUUUUAAAGGAAGGGGAAUCAGUGAAUAUUUUUACAGAAAUCCAGAAGGUCCAUGCAUAGAAAACAUUCCUUUAGUAUAUGAUCUUAUUGAGGAACCUUCUUCUGAAGUGAUCAAGACCAAUUCACAUCUGCUAGCUCUACCAUUUACUUCUUUAGCUUGUCAGUCUCCUGCUUUGGUUGGUGGCAAAGGGGCACAACUAGCACAACUUACAAGCAUUGAAUCCAAGGUCAGUGCCAAAGUUUCACCAGGUUUUUGUCUAACACUGAAGUGCUUUGAUCUCCAUGUGAAGACCAAUUCUGACAUCAAAGAAGCCAUUCAAAACAUUUGCUCUACAGCAAUAAAUGACCAUGCCAAUCUGGCUAGUGCUUGUUCUCACACAGUUCAAGUUAUCAAUUCUACAGACAUUGAUUCAGAAGUCCAGGAAGUGAUAGUACAGUUUUUGAAAGACUAUAUUGAUAUCCACUAUGAAAGAAUUCAUUUAGCCAUCAGAUCUUCUGCUGCAGGUGAGGAUGGUGCUGAAGCAUCAUCAGCUGGACAAAUGGAAACUAUUCUUGGGGUUGUUGGAUUAAGUCAGAUUCUAGAUGCUGUAAAGAAAUGCUGGAGCUCUGCCUUCACAAUUCAAGCUGUUGAAUAUCGCAGACAGCAUGGCCAGCCUAUUAAUGUACUUGUAGGUGUGGUUAUACAGAAGAUGGUUCCAGCUGAUGCUGCAGGAGUUUUGUUCACUGCUGACCCAAUUACACAAAGUAUUAGUCAUCUAGUCAUCAAUGCAAACUUUGGUCUGGGAGAAUCUGUUGUCUCCGGCAAAGUUAAUCCAGACACUGUAUAUAUUGAGAGAGACCCAGAAUAUUUGUAUGAUUCUGAGAGGCUGAAGAUUGGGCAAGUCUGUGUUGGCAAUAAAACUGUCAGGAUAGUUGAAACUGGUCAAGGAGGUGUUGUGGAGGAAUGUUUAGGAGCUCAAAGUAAUCAGCUGUGUAUAGAGGACAGUUUGAUUCUUCGUAUUGCCCAACUUGGUGUAGAGUUAGAAAAAUAUUAUGGCUCUCCAAGAGAUGUAGAGUGGGCAGUAGCAAAUAAUGUCAUCUUUUUGUUGCAGUGUCGACCAAUCACAAUAGUUGAUUCUGAAACAGAAGACGAUCUGAUGCAUGAGUUUGACUCACCAAGUACAUGUGACUACCAGUGGUGGACUACAUGUAACAUUGGUGAGAUGAUGCCUGGAGCUGUGACUCCAUUGACUUCAAGCAACUUCAGUAAAUUCAUCAAUAGAUGUAUGCAGCGUUUAACAAUGUAUAUGGGUGUCAGGCAAAAUGUGUCUGGUCUUCCUAAAGAUAUUUUAGUGUACUGCAAUCAUUUGUUUUUAUCUAUAGUGGACAUCAGUGCUGCUGUGAUGACAACCAUGUUUGUUAAAAAUGAGUCAAUGAACUUGUCUUUACUGGGACAACUGUUACCUGACUUACAUUAUGAUCAAAUCCAACAGUACUAUGGACGGAGUCAACUUGGACGUCUCAAAAAACUUUUCAACUUCAUCAGAAUGAUUAAAGUUUCUAUGACAUCCUUAUCCAUAAUGAAAGAAUGGGAAGUCAAAUUGAACUCUUUUGAGAUUGGCGCUGAUGCAAAGACUUCCUCAGAACUGUUUCAUUGUAUUGAGCAGCAUUUGGAUGAUUGUGAAAAAGUCUGGCUUGGUUCCAUUCUAGUUAGCAGUAGAUCUGGUAACUUGACAACUGCGCUCAUGUCAAUCAUUGCUGGAGAUCCUGACAAAUGGACACCUGACCAUUAUGGUGAUAUAGCACUACUUUUGUCGAACUGUACUGAUGUCUACAGUGCUGAGGUUCCACAUGCCAUGGAGAGCAUUGCCAAAGAAAUAGCUCAGAAAGGUCAAAACUUUGUUGAUGUAUUUCUUAAGACUGAGGACAAGGAGUGUAUACAAGUAAUUGAGAGAUGUCCUGACCUCAAGAAGUCUGUCGAUAACUUUCUUAGUCGCCAUGGUCACAGAUGUCUGAGAGAGUCUGAAUACAGAGAAAAAUCUUGGCGAGCAGCACCAGAAAAAUUUAUCUCUGUUCUCAAGAUUGUGUUGAAAACAAAAUCCUAUGAAACAAGUGAGAAAAAAGAAGUGAGUAUAUCAGAACUGCUGGGCAAAUUGAAAACCAAAAUACCUUUCCAUAAAAAAUGGAUCAUUAAAUUUGUGUUGCCCAAGGCUUGGAAGAGUGUUGGGGAAAGAGAAUGGGCUAAAUCUCUAGCAGUCAAGAUGAAUGAUAUUCUUAAAACAGCUUACUCUAGACUGAGUACACUUUUAUUUCAAGAAGGCAGACUACCAGACUCUGAUUUAUUGUAUUUUUUGACGCACCAGGAGAUUUCAAAACUUCUUUAUAUCCCUUCUGCCCGUCUGAUCAUAAAAGCACAGAAGAGAAGAAAUAUUUUGAAGAAACAAAUGGAAAUGAAAUUUGAAAAAAUAAGCAAGUCUCACCCUGUGCAAAUUAACAUUAGUUCAGGCGAACACAUUGAGUCUGAUGUUGAAACAUUAAAAGGAAUGCCUGUAAGUCAAGGUCAAGUAACUGGACCUGCCCAGGUUGUACAUACACUUGAACAAGCCUCUGUGAUAAAGGCAGGUGAUAUUUUAGUUGUGAGCAGUACAGAUGUGGGCUGGUCUCCAUACUUUCCAUUGAUUGCAGGUCUCAUCACAGAGAUGGGAGGUUUGAUAUCACAUGGUGCAGUUGUGGCCAGAGAAUAUGGCAUUCCUUGUGUUGUCAACGUCCCUCGUGCUACUUCUAUUAUUAGAACUGGUGAAAAGUUGCUGAUAGAUGGACGUUUGGGUAGUAUCAAACGUCUGGAUGUGAAGACAAAUCAGGAGCAACAAAAGUCCCAAAGUUGAUUUGAUUUUCAGUGCAAUGCUAUGUUUUAAUUUAAAAACAACCUAAUAAUAAUAUUCUUGUAACGAAAUAUUGUAUAUAAAGUACCAGUGCAUCGUUGUUAAUUUUUUUUUUAUUAUUUGUUGUUUACACUUGCACUACAAGCCAUCAAUAAAAUGCUGAAAUUCAGUGCUAAAAUUAAGAUAGAGGCUGAACACAUCUUUUUAUACUGGUAUUUGUUUGUUAGUCUGGUGUAUAUUUGUAUUUACCGGUACUCAAAAAGUUAAUAAGCAAUACCGAGCAUGUAUCAAUGAUCAACUGGACAAGACCAGUAGUGGGUUUGUUGGGUCAAUGUCACUGUCCAUCAAGUUUGAUUUAGAUGGUGAAGGAUCUCUAGAAUUUUUCUUUUAAUAUGCCUAUGACUUUUUAAUGAAGAUUUUAAUCAAAUUUAUUUUUUUUUAAA